GAGGUGUCCAUGCGACUCCUCUUGCUGGACGCCAUGCUCAGCUGUGUCGCCUGCCGCUUGCCGACGGCGCUCGACGUGGCCACCCUGGGGGUCGCUCGCGCUGCGCCCACCGCCGGCAGUCUGGAGUUGCCGGCGACCGGCAGCCGCGAGGAGGGCGUCGGAAGGCGACUCAUCGUGGUGGCAGCGUCUGGAUUGGUGGGGAGUAUGAGAAAUCUCAUAGCAGCAUGCAGGUGCCAGUUGCAUCAUGCACGUCCUACAAGCUACCAGAUGUUUGUACGAAAAGGAUACAGCUCCAGGGCUUGUAUUGCAGGAGACAACAGAUUCCACAAGCAGUACUCUCAAACUGCACAUCCAAAUAUUAUCCCCUUAGCCAAGCUCCUCAAGCAAGUCUGGUUCUUAAGUGGAAUGGUUCAUUCUCAAAGACAGUUUCACCUGACAUCCAGUGUCCAGGCUCAAGUGAUACAUCAACAGUUGCAAGUUAGCGUUGAUGAGGCAAAGAUACGAAAUGUGUUGAAAGCCAACAACAUAUCAUUUGAGCUUGGCUUUACUUGCUUCAUCAUGGGCUGUAUAUUUUGCAAACACAAGAAAGCUGGCAGAAAGUCAGAUAGUGAAAAGAUGUAUGUGAACAUGAUAACAGGCUCCUUCAUGUGCCAUCAGUGCGGCCGCGGUGGCACCUGGUCUCAACUGGAGGACCAGCUCAGCAUGCUGUACUCGCCCAAGGGCAAGCGGGUGCGCCUGCCGCCGCCGCCGCCGCCGCCGGCCGCACCGCCGCCUUCCGUCACUCGGCUCUGGGAGGCCGCUCAGCCCGUGGAGGCGGCCGACGCCGACACCCUGCAGGCUGCCCUGGAGCGGCUCAAUUUGCAGGGCAUCGGCGCCGACCACGCUGCCGUGCGCGGCCGCGACCACGCCCUACUCACCUCCCGGCUGUGCGACGCACUGGCGCUCAGUGAGCGCGCGCGCGGCCCCGUGCUGGCCCUGCCGCACGGCACCAGCAGCUUGCCGACCGAGCUGCUGCCGCUGCUGGAGCGCUUCACCAAGCUGACGUUCUGGUUUCCCGGCGACGUGGUCAGCUGGAAUGCCGUACGCUGCUUCGCCCGCAAGCUCUCCGAGAAGCGCUGCUUCACUGUUAGGCCGUCCGCGGAGCACGGCUCUCCGCUAGAGGCGAUGCGUGCCGGUGCGUCGCUGCAGCGCAUCCUCGAAGCCGCCGCGCCCCUCUACCACAACGCCAUCACCACGUUCUCGGCGCUGCGGCAGGACGUGUUCGAGGAGAUCUCCAACGCCACGCAGGUGGCUGGCGUGCAGUGGAAGCGGUUCCCGGGCCUGAACCGCCUGCUGCGCGGCCACCGGCGCGGCGAGCUCACCAUCCUGUCCGGUCCGACCGGCGCCGGCAAGACCACCUUCGUCAGCGAGUACUCGCUGGACCUCUCCAUGCAGGGGGUGAACACCCUGUGGGGCAGCUUCGAGAUCAACAACGUCCGGCUGGCCAAGGUGAUGUUACAGCAGAUGGCCAACUGUGCGCUCGACAAGAACCUGGACAAGUUCGAACAGGCGGCUGACGAGUUCGAGAAGCUCCCCAUGUGGUUCAUGACGUUUCACGGUCAGCAGAGCGUCACCAACGUAUUGGACGCGAUGGCGCAUGCGGCGUACGUGCACGACAUCGGCCACGUGGUGCUGGACAACCUGCAGUUCAUGAUGGGCCCCGGAGAGCGGGGCACGGACCGCUUCUUCGAGCAGGAUUCGGUCAUCAGCCGCUUCCGCCGCUUUGCCAAUGAAAACUGCCACGUCACGCUCGUCAUACACCCCAGAAAGGAGAGGGAUGACGACGAGCUGGGGCUGGCCUCGGUGUUCGGUGGCGCUCGCGCCACCCAGGAGGCCGACAACGUGCUCAUCCUGCAACGGCGACCUGGUCCGAUCCCGCUCCAGUUCAACAAGGACUCGCUGAGCUUCGCCGUCAAGCGGAAGCCGCGUGAGAAGAAGGAGCCGGCGCGGCAGCCUGCCGAGGAGUCGCCGCCGGCGGAGGCGCCCGCCUAGCGGCCUGCUCCGACCCUAGUGUGCGCGCCCCGCCGGCCGCUACCUCACUAUCCACUGUA